UUCCCCGUUGUUGCAAACAGAUACAGGAAUGGUCUGGUAAUGCACUACUGCCAUCAGGCGAAUGGGUGAAUUGUUAGCUGAAGCGGUACUCCAAUGAGCGUUACCUAAUUUGAAAAACCUCAGUUGAAGCUGCACAAACCCUCCCAGGCCACACCAACGGCUAUGCCACGCGAGGACCACUCACUGGGGUACAGAACUCCAAUCAAGUGAUAGGCACAUCAAGCAACGAAUGAGCUAAGCACGCCAUUCACCAGACAAACCAUUCACUCACUCCUAUAUUUUCUCAGGGUCUUAAUUUCAAUUCCUCUCUUCUACCUUCUCUCUACCGCCAUGAGCGAUCUCAACCCCAACCAAUCUUUAUACGGCACCCAAGUUGGAAUGGUCCGCAUACUGAAAAACGUGACGGAUUUCAUUGUCAACAUCAUCACCGAUGCUAUCUCCUACAAAGCUCCCAAAUCAGGACAUGCCAGCCGCAACCGCGUCGACGCCUUUGCGCACCUACUACAGUACCACAAUCCGGCGAGCGGUCCUAAACCCGAACCACAAAUGACGAAAUGUCUACCUAUCCGUACUAAGAUUCCGAACCUAGCUGCGCUCGAUGAUAUGAGCAUGGCGCAGACACAUGCACACUAUGAAGAGAUCGAUUGUGUGCCUGCUGCUGCGUUGGGGAUGAAGUCUGAGUUCGAAGGCACUGGUCACUGGUACAUGAUUCAUCCGCUUUCUCUGACUCAGGUCAAGACGAUGACUACUCGCGUGCUGGAAGACAUCAAGAACUGAAUU